AUGUCAAUGUAUCGAACGGCAAAUGAACAAGAGAAUUCCAAUCCAAGAGUAAUAGCGCACAUCUCAAUACCAUACGAUGAUUCCGAUGGACCUUCCAGCCCAGAAAGUUCCUUGUUGCCCACAUUUGAUCCCGACACACCUGACCCGAGCGUCAAUCAUAACUACUUUGAAAUCCAAGAUCUGCUUUUCAACUCAGUUGGCUUGGAAAAUGUCUAUCCUUGCUGGCAGAAGCUUCAGAAGAGAUCUGUAGGACUCAGACUUGAUGACGGCGUUCAAACGUGUGAAGCGCCCCUGUUAUCGAAACGCCUUCAGGAUGAACUAAUUCAAGCAUACUUUGGGCAAGUCCACCCAAUCUGCCCUGCAAUAGAUCAAUCAAGGUUUCUCCAGUGGUAUGAAGCCCCGGAACGAAAUGACCACGGUCAGCCACAACUCAUGCGACUACUAUUGUUGUCAAUAUUAUUUGCAGCCCUAUCCCAUAUUGAUGAAGACUUACUCCGAGGAGAGCCAUGUGGAUCGGUCAAGCGCGCGCAGAAAUCCCUUUUUUCUUCUGCCCAGAGUGUCUAUCACCGUCUCGAAACCGAAUUCGUGGGCACAGAAGGAAUUGCUCAAAGUGCCCUGCUCUUGAGCUACUGGAGCCCAUACGAUUCUACCCAGGAGGUCAACAGCUUCUGGGUGGACGAAGCAAUCCGCCACGCUGUAGUUGGAGGGAUGUCGGAUCCAACUUCGACACAUCGCAAGAGGAUUAUUUGGUGGUGCUGCAUGAUACGCAACCGCAUGAUCUCGCUGGGGCUGCGCCGCUUCAAUAGGUUGAAUAGGCGGCCAGAGGGUCGUCUGCCUGAGCUGACUGACUUCGCGGACGAUGAAAGUUCAGGAUGCCUUUUAAUAUCCGUUGAAGCAAAACUUUACUUUACACGAGCAUUCGUCCUCCUGUGUAAGCUGACAAAAAUCAUGGUGGAAUCAGUGCGGCUGAAGUACCGAGACUACAACUGUACCUGGUUCUUCCCUGGGGACCAGCAGGCGUUGGAUAUCCUGGAGGAAGUCGGCCAGCUGGACGAGAAGUUGAAGAUUUGGGGCGUCAAUUUUGCUCAACUUUAUGCCGCAGUUCAAGACUUGAAGGUCCCCAGUACUGAUCUCGUCAUUUUUCAUCUCAUUGGACUAAUGCAUCAGUUCGCUAUUUCGAUACUAUACGAGCCAUUUCUCAGACUAUCGGCCAGCCGCAGCUCGCAUCUGGCGUGGUUUGUAAAGGAUCUGGCUCUCCUCAAGAUCAAAGAGUCAUCGAGGAAUACAGCAGCUAUCACCGCGUCAAUGCUUCGAUUUGCGAACCCGAAAGACCUCUCAAUCAUUGUGUAA